CAUCCAUCCAAUCCAAAACUCAUCCAACCCGAAUUGAACUUAACCAUACAUCAAAAACCUUGCUUUGGCCCGAACCCGUCCAGUUAUCCAACCCUAAUAUCUAACCAAUUCCAUUAUCACCUACCUUUAGAUACACAUGUCUAGAUUCCAUUAUAAAUACCCAAAAAAAAAAAACAUUUUAACAAAAAACAAGAGAAAAAAAAAAAAGCUUACAGCGAAAAGUGCGUUUAGUGUGAGCGUGAACAAGCAUGAAAAAUCCGUAGCAAAAACGAAGAUUUAUGAACCAAAAUUCCAAAGAGUCUCUCCAAAAUCGCUUCCUCUUGUCUCUUCAACGAUCUUCAUUUCUUCAAUUGGUUUCGUUCUUCCUUGCGGUGGUUUCUAGAAGCUUAGAGGUUUUGGAGUUGUUGAGAUUUGGAAUUGCUCUGGUUGUAGACUUGUGGAGUUCUGAUCUGCAUUGUUCUGUAGCUCUUGCUCAUUACUUGCUCUGUUGCCGUUGUUGCUUUGGAUCUAUUCUCUCAGCUAUAUUUCAUGUAUCUGCUCCAUUGGUCUGGUUUGCGCAUUUUCUGAGUUCAUAUGCCCUAAUUUUGCGGGUUUGAUUUUCAUUGAUGAAUUGCUUCUUGAAACUGUAUGCGAAUUCAAACUGUGUAUAAUAAACAUCUGAGGCGCCAAGAUUCUUAAUAGACGGGGAACUGCUGAUGUUAUAUUACAUCUGAAGUGGACGAAAACGCAGGUGAGAGAAAUGGAGUGCAACAAGGAUGAGGCCACCAGAGCUAAAGAAAUUGCUGAGCGGAAGUUUAUUGAAAAGGACACUUCGGGUGCGAAGAAGUUUGCUUUGAAAGCCCAAAAUUUGUUUCCUUCCCUUGAAGGUAUUCCUCAAAUGAUAGCAACACUUGACAUAUAUAUAUCAGCCGAUAAUAAAGUAAAAGGAGAAGCAGAUUGGUAUGGUAUACUUGGUGUGAGCCCCCAUGCUGAUGAUGAUACAGUUCGGAAACAUUAUAGAAAGCUAGCUCUCAUGCUUCACCCUGACAAGAACAAAUCCAUCGGAGCUGACGGGGCCUUUAAACUUAUUUCGGAGGCGUGGAGUAUAUUGUCCGACAAGGCUAGAAGGGCAGCUUAUGAUGAGAAGAUAAAUGCAAGAGCACAGAAAGGCUCAGCCAUUUUCGGUGGUUCGUCAGCAAAAGCGGCGGCAAAUGGGGCUAACAAUAGUAAAAAGAAAACCCCUUCAAGUGGAAAGACUCAGAAGAAUACUGCUAAAGAAAAUACAUCGUCUUCCAAUAAAUCAAAAUCCACAUUUUGGACUACUUGCAAACGCUGUAAAAUGCAAUACGAAUAUCUCAGAGUUUAUCUUAACCUUAAACUCGUGUGUCCCAGCUGCCAUGAAGCAUUUUUGGCUGUAGAAACUGAUCCGCCUCCUGCAAGUGGUAUCAGACCUGGAACGUCGUGGAUUUUUAAACAAAAGUACGAUAACGAAGGACCUAAUAAUAGCAAAUCUGUGGUUGGAAAGAACAACACGGCACCUCCAAAUACUGGAGCAGGGUCUAACAAGAACAGCUUCCAGUGGGCUCCAUUCUCUAAAACUUCUGGUGUUUCUGAUGUGGCUCAAGCGGCAAAUGUAGUUCAGCAGGCAUAUGAUAAGGUGAGGCGAGAUCGUGAGGAGGCACAAGCAGCUACCAAAAAGGAAGAGGCUUUGAAAAGGAAGCAGAAUGCUUCGAAAAAAGGUUACUUUAAUCCAGCUAAGAGGAAAAGAAAGGGCAUGGAUGGAAAUGGGGCAGUUGGAGCAUCUAACUUAGGCAGUGGAAUCAAGUUCAACUGUACUAGAUAUCUCUCCCCAGUUGAACUUCAGAGUCUUCUUGUUGAGAAAGCUAGAAAAGAAAUUAGUAAGAAACUGUUUCAGUCAAAUACUGUUGAUGAAUCAGCAGCAAAAAAGAGUGGAGAUUGCUUCCAGAAAGCAAACCGGAAAGUAGAAUUUUCAGCAAGAAACUCUGAGAUCUGCACUCAAAAUAACACUGGGAAGUCAGAAGAUGCGAAGAGUAGUCUGCAGGAGAGCAGGUCAUUUGCUGCUCCUAUCAUUGAUAACACUUGCCCUGAAAUUUUGGAUUCAUUGCUAGUAGAUAUUCCAGAUCCUGAUUUUUAUGAUUUUUACAAGGAUCGAACUGAAAGGUCUUUUGGUGAAAAUCAAGUAUGGGCUGCAUAUGAUGGUGAUGAUGGGAUGCCUCGAAAUUAUGCUAUGAUUCACAGAGUGAUCUCGAUGAAUCCAUUCAAUUUGCAGAUCAGUUGGCUGUACCCAAAUAUCAACGGCGGCGAACCAGGCCCUCUAAAUUGGGUUUCUUUUGGCUUUUCAAAAACUUGUGGGCAUUUCAGAUUAGGCAAACGCGAAAUCUAUAACUCAAUCAAUUGUUUUUCUCAGAAGGUUAGGUGGAAAAAAGGUAACGAUGGGGCAAUUUGUAUAAAUCCCAAAAAAGGGGAGGUUUGGGCCAUCUAUAGGAACUGGUCUCCUAGUUGGAAUGAUCUAAUAGCAGAUGAUGUAAUACACAAGUUUGACAUGGUUGAAGUACUCGAAGAUUUUGUUGAAGAACAGGGUGUAACGGUUAUUCCUCUGGUCAAGGUGGCUGGGUUCAAGGCAGUAUUUCACCACCACUUAAAUGAGAAAGAGAUCAAGAUCAUUCCAAGGAAGGAGAUGCUUCGAUUCUCUCAUCAGGUACCUUCACAUGUACUCACCGGCGAAGAAGCUCCUAAUGCUCCAAAGGGUUGCAGGGUGCUGGACCCAGCUGCUACUCCAUGUGAACUUCUCGAGGUAAUAAAAGUUGCCGAAGAAAACAUGACGGACCAUGUGGAUAGAGUUAUAAAAGAAACUAAUCAUGAGGAAAUGGUCGUUGAUACGGGAAAACUUGGGGGAACAAAGGAGGGAAUGAAGACAGUUAUCCAUAAAAUAGAAACUCCAAAAGAGGACAGAGGGAAGAAGAUAUGCAGAGACUUGUAGCAAGGAGGGUAUGUACUUUGUAACAUGAUAAACGAAAACUACUUGGUGACCACGCGGCUCAUGUAAGGAAUGGAAAGUGAUCGAUAGCUAGAAUUAAUUUGACGGAAUUUGAUCCAAAAUGAGUUGACAUUGUGAUUCAUUCUUUGAUGGAUGAGAAGUUAUGAUUACUUUAUCCAACAAUCGCCGUUGAUUAUGGGUGAGUUUUGUCAAUUUUUUUUCCUAGCUAUGUAGUAUUACUGUCAAAACAGAAAACCCCGAAGAUUUCGAUCCCAAUCUGACAUUACUGUUUUCAACGGUUAAAGUUGAUUGGUUCAACCUCAUUUCAUACCAAAAGUUAGUAUUGGAAUGAUGAGACUAUUAUCUUCAGCAAAUUGUUCUAUAUUUGAAGUUUGUCAGAAGCAGAACUUUGCAAUUUGCAUAAAAGGGUCUUGCUCUGGCUUUUAGUUUUAACUUUUUUAAUUACUUUAUAGGUUUCUUACUCAAUUUUGUGUACUGUAAAUCCGAUCAGUGGCACAUUAAUCAAUUGCUGCCCAUAUGUUUGUAAGAAAUUUAGAUCAGUGAUUUAUAGCAGGACUUUUUACCUUACAA